GAGAUUAACCCUUCAACAUAUUCGUUCACAAAUGCACUAAAAGCAUUACAAGCAAGAAGAGUGUAUAGUAAUACAUGGGAAUAUGUAUCAGCAGAUAAUGGAGGAUUAACUCUGAAUUCCAAAUGGAAUGAUGCAGAAAAAUACAUAUGCAAUCCUGUGUCAGGACAAGUUCCUUUGCAAUGCUUAUCAUCAAAAGCUCUAAGUGAAAGGUCAUCUCAAAGCUUGGUAACAAGCAGAACUAAACAAGAGAAGAAAAGAAGCACAACAAGAAAUGUGGGCACCCAAAUCAAAUUCAGUUCUGAGAGUCCAAUUCCAUCUCAGAUUCCUUCAUGUGAAGAAAUAUCAGUGAAGCCAAGUGAACAAGAAGAAAGUAGAGAGUCACUUGUUACCUCCAAAAUACAGAAAUCAGAGGCUAAGCUUGUGCAGAAGGUAGAUGAGAAAGAAACAGAAGACAAAAGAAACGAGAAGAAAAAGAGAGAGAACACGUGCUGCCAUGGAGGAAAAGAAAAAGGAUGCUUAUCAUUCAUCAACGUUUGGCGCCACAAAAUAAGGAACCAAAACAAUAAUGCAAACUUGUCCAUUUUUCUUUGCCAUGUUAAUGCUUCCUCUCAUCAAUAAUGAUAUUCAUGCAUAUGCAUAUGUAUGGCAAUAUACAUGUGUGUGUUUCAUGUGAUCAAUCAAAUGUUGGGGGAAAAACAAAACAAUCCUCAUUUAGUUACAUUUUUUAAUAUAAGGUGUGUACCUCGUAUACCAAUUAACAUUAUUUUGUUACAUGCAUGUGAUAUUAUUA